AAGUGAUGGCACUUCUAGAUAGAAAAACUUUGUUUGUCUCUUCUACAAAUGCUACUCUUUCAAUCCACCAUGACUCAAUCCUCACCAUCCUUAGUCCCAACAAGCUCAUUCCUCAUCCAAAUAUGACCUGUAUUUAUCUCUUCUCCUCCACUCCCAAACUAACUUCUGACUUUCUUUAUUUCCAAGUCUAUUUUGUACCAAUUCUUUCUAAUCUUUCUCGUCUGUUAAUUCACUUACUUUAUUACAGUUGGUACCAAGCCAAACAGAGUAACUCAAUAGUCCAUGUAGGCCAGAUGAAAAGUCUUUAAGGACAAGGCCAAGAUUUUAACAAAAAAUGAAGAUAAUACAACCAAGAAUUGAGGAUAUAAAACACCAAAAGGGAGAGAUGUAUUAAUGCAGAAGUUGGACAGAAGGAAAAUAAGGGAAAAGACAAAGUAGGAGUCAUAAAGGAACGCAAGAAAUAAGUUAAUCAAAGACUUAGGUAGAUAAUCGGAUUAGUAAUUUUUUAAACAUGACAGAAAAUAAUAAGGAUGCUCUCUUCCUAAGAAAGCGAAAUAAGGGCUUCUAUAAUAAAGCAAAAGGAGAAUCUCUUAAUGAAAGAAGAAACAACAAAGAUAUUCAGAAAAAGUCAAGAAAUUAUAAGCUGAAUUACCAAAAUGAAAGCAUCGAAAAUAAGGCUAAAUUUAGC